AAAUUUUGUUUAUCAGAUUACGUAGCGUUUCUUUUUUGAUACAUUCUAUUACGUUUCAAGUUACAAAAUGUUUAUGUCCCUCUUCACCUCCCUGGUUUUGAUUCAUCUAGUUUUUCUUGACUUCAGUUCCUGCGCCUCUGUUUCCGGGAGCUUUACCUACACUACCAGCGAUACGGUUCACCAUCUGCUGCCAGAGAUCGUCAACCUGACAGUCAACAUUAACGGCACCAAGUUCGUGCCGCUUCAACUCAAGCGCGUCCACACCAUGGGUCUCCACACACCCCUGUACACACUCACACGGGACAAGUAUUUUAGACUUUUACGAUCAAGUGUCAGUUUUAAGCCAAAUAAGAAUAUUGGUUACUACCAGGAUAUCAAAAACCUAGCCUCGUUUCAAAUCCAAAGACUAAAUAAAUCCGCAAACAGAAAUCUAACGUUUGAAAUGCUGAGAGGAGAGUUCGAAUAUGCAAAACAAAAGUACACACUUUAUCGUGAUAAUACUAUCCAAUAUUCAAAACGGACAGUUCAUUUUCACAACGACUAUAGAUAUCCAGACGGCGAAAACUUUGAAACGUUUCAAAAACACCAGAGUCGUCGCCGGCGUCGUGAAGCCAGUGGUGACUACUACAUCGACAUCACCGCCAUGGUAGACUACAAGCGAUGGAACAUGUUCUUGGAUGAAGUCAAAGGUUCCGAAUUCGAUGCCUACAGAAAUGUACAUGAGCAUUACGCUUAUAUUUUCCAUAGGAUGAAUCUUCCUUACCAGGCCAUAACGUCGACAUCGUUCAAGCUGAAUAUCCGACUGGCUAAAAUCAUCAUCUGCGAGAAUGCAGAAGUCUCAUUCUUUACCGGCGACUUGGCAAAACUGGCGAGCGGUCAUGUUGACCUGCGACCAGCAAGUUUUUUGUUGAUUCAGUUCAUUGAAGACCAUGGAUGGAAACAUCUCGCUCCUUUUGAUCACGUGAUGGUCUUUACUGGGUAA